UUUCUGCACCGCUGCCCUCAUCAACAACCAGCCCAUACUCGAGACUUUAGCAUCGGGGUAGGGUAGACGCUAACACUGAGCUCCCCCAAAACACUCACACACCCUCUUCGGGUUGUAUGUUUUACUUUAUCAGUUAAUUAAACUGAAACUCGACUGACUGGUUCAGUGAGACGAAGGACUGUUUAAAGAUGCAGUUCAUGCUGUUGUUCAGCCGUCAGGGGAAGCUGCGGCUACAGAAAUGGUACGUGCCUCUGUCUGACAAGGAGAGGAAGAAGAUCUCACGAGACCUGGUCCAGACCAUACUGGCCAGGAAGCCCAAAAUGUGCAGCUUCUUGGAGUGGAGGGACCUCAAGAUAGUGUACAAACGAUAUGCCAGUCUGUAUUUCUGUUGUGCCGUUGAAGAUCAGGACAACGAGCUGAUCACGUUGGAGAUCAUCCACCGAUAUGUGGAGCUGUUGGACAAGUAUUUUGGAAGUGUGUGUGAGCUGGACAUCAUCUUCAACUUUGAGAAGGCCUACUUUAUUCUGGAUGAGUUCCUCCUCGGCGGAGAAGCUCAGGAGACGUCUAAGAAGAACGUGCUGAAGGCCAUCGAGCAAGCCGACCUGCUGCAGGAGGAGGCCGAGGCACCGAGGAGCGUCCUAGAGGAAAUCGGCCUGACAUAAGUCAUCUCCCGUCUCAGUGUUCUUCCCACGUGGAUCCGACAACCCGACCACUCUACACCUGUCUCCACCUCGUCAGUGUUGUGUGUGUGUGUGUGUGUGUGUGUGUGCGCGUGCGUAUGUGUACUGUAUUACUCUGUAGUAUAUUAUUAUCCUGUAACGUCCUCUAAGUGUGGUGCCAGCUGUGGUGUUAUUGUGUCUCCUUAUGUAGCAGUUCCCUGGCUGUAUCCUUGCAGUACUGUGAGCAGACGUCACUUCACUUCUUAAAAGAAAAAUCCACAGAGAACAAUGUAGCAACAACGUAUUAAAAAAAACAAACAAACUCCAGCAUCACCUGAUGAUCGCUUGUCAUCACUAACAGGAAAGUUACUUGUGCUGUUUGGCUUAAGAAAAUAUUUCAAGGUGCUGUUGUAGCUGCAGUCGAUUCAUUAAACUACUGUAGAACUGUUGAUUCAGUCACAGAGCUGAGUACCUGCUACUUAAUGGGGGGAACGGACCAUCACCAAAGUCGUUAAAUAUCUGGCUAGCUGCUAUAAUGUAGCCUAUUAGCUGCUGUUCAAUUAAAACUGGAUCAUCAUUAUCUGUUUUCAACCUAAGGGUUGCGACCCUACAUGGGGUCACCUGCUAUUCAAAGGGGGUCGCCUGAAAUAUCUGGUAAUUGAUUCAGUUUAGGUUCUAGUUUUGAUACUUAGCUACUUGAAAUUAUUGCUUAAAAACAUAUGUGGUGGCUGGAAAUUCUGAAAAUACAGAAAUAAAAAAAAAAGAACUAAAAUUAGCUCAAUGAUAAUCAAAGGCUAGCCCAGAUGAUGCUGGAUACGUUCAAAAACAUUUCAAAUAUGGACAACUGAGCUACUAAAGACUAAAUGAUUGGUCACAGCCCAGUGGAAGCUAAAACCUAGGAAGAAAAAAAAUGUUAAAAUGCCAAAAAUAAGGGAAAUAAAUUUAGAUUGUACCGAGAGUUUAAAUUUAGCUAAAAAAAGUUUUUGUAGGUUUUCAGUCUUCCACAUUGUCACAAAUAUACGUAAAAUACUAAUACAUAACACAAAUUUGAUUUCAAAGGUUCUAACUUUUUGAAUAUUUCAGGGUUGUGAUCUUUUUAUUAACAUUAGAUUGUUUUGUUUACAUUGUUUACUACUGUGCUCCACAGCUCAGCUCUGUGACUGACAUAUAACGGCGAUACCAUCACGACUGUCAACUGACGUUCUUGUUAAUAAGGGAAAUACUGAUACACUGUUACAUUCAGCCCAGCGUUUGACUUAAAUAUCAUUUUUGUACAAUGUUGGUGAUUCCUUUUCAACUUUUUUUUUUACCUUAAACAUCUGUUACUGUCA